UCUGCACACCUCGCUCCGUCUGCCAUGGCUGGUUAAAGAACCAUCCGGAUCGCUGCGCGAGGGGAGGGCUGGGUGGGGGGAGCGCGGCAGCCGCGCGUGAGGCCGAGGGAGGGGCGGCGGCGCGAGCGGCGGCGGCGGCGGUUCCAGGAUGAAGAGGAGAGCUGGCCUGGGGGGCAGCAUGAGGUCAGUGGUGGGCUUCUUGUCCCAGCGGGGCUUGCAUGGGGACCCCCUGCUCACUCAGGACUUUCAGAGGAGACGCCUGCGGGGCUGCAGAAACCUCUACAAGAAGGACCUCCUCGGCCACUUCGGCUGUGUCAAUGCCAUUGAAUUCUCCAACAAUGGAGGCCAGUGGCUGGUCUCAGGAGGAGACGAUCGCCGCGUUCUGCUAUGGCACAUGGAACAAGCUAUCCACUCUAGAGUCAAGCCCAUACAGCUGAAAGGAGAGCAUCAUUCCAAUAUUUUUUGCCUGGCUUUCAACAGUGGGAACACCAAAGUAUUCUCUGGAGGAAAUGAUGAGCAAGUUAUCCUCCAUGAUGUUGAAAGCAGUGAGACCUUGGAUGUGUUUGCUCAUGAAGAUGCAGUAUAUGGCUUGUCAGUGAGUCCAGUGAAUGACAACAUUUUUGCCAGCUCCUCAGAUGAUGGCCGAGUUCUCAUUUGGGACAUCCGGGAGUCUCCCCAUGGAGAGCCCUUCUGCCUGGCCAACUAUCCCUCCGCCUUUCACAGUGUCAUGUUUAACCCUGUGGAGCCCCGGUUAUUGGCCACAGCCAAUUCAAAGGAAGGAGUGGGGCUCUGGGAUAUUCGAAAACCUCAGAGUUCUCUCCUACGUUAUGGUGGCAACCUGUCCCUUCAAAGUGCCAUGAGUGUGCGAUUCAAUAGCAAUGGGACCCAGCUCCUGGCCCUGAGGCGUCGCCUGCCCCCUGUGCUCUAUGACAUCCACUCUCGCCUGCCUGUGUUCCAGUUUGACAAUCAGGGUUACUUCAACUCUUGUACCAUGAAAAGCUGCUGUUUUGCAGGAGAUCGUGAUCAGUAUAUCCUUUCAGGCUCUGAUGACUUCAACCUGUACAUGUGGAGAAUUCCUGCAGACCCAGAAGCAGGUGGUAUUGGUAGGGUGGUCAACGGAGCCUUCAUGGUGCUGAAAGGGCAUCGGUCUAUUGUUAACCAGGUCCGAUUCAACCCCCACACCUACAUGAUCUGCUCGUCUGGUGUAGAAAAGAUUAUCAAGAUCUGGAGCCCGUACAAGCAGCCGGGAUGUACCGGAGACCUGGACGGUCGAAUUGAGGAUGAUUCCCGCUGCCUCUACACCCACGAAGAGUACAUCAGCCUUGUGCUGAACAGCGGGAGUGGGCUGUCGCAUGACUACGCUAACCAGUCUGUGCAGGAAGACCCCCGGAUGAUGGCCUUCUUUGACUCCCUGGUGCGGCGCGAGAUCGAGGGCUGGAGCUCUGACUCCGACAGUGACCUGAGCGAGAGCACCAUCCUCCAGCUGCACGCAGGGGUCAGCGAGCGCUCAGGCUACACCGACUCCGAGUCGUCGGCCUCGCUGCCGCGCUCCCCUCCGCCCACAGUGGACGAGUCUGCCGACAGCACCUUCCACCUGGGACCUCUACGGGUCACCACCACAAACGCAGUGGCGGCCACUCCGCCACCGCCCACGUGCGAGGAUGCAGCCUCUCGCCAGCAGCGCAUGUCAGCUCUGCGGCGCUACCAGGACAAACGCCUCCUGGCUCUUUCCAAUGAGUCCGAUUCUGAAGAAAACGCCUGUGAGGUUGAACUGGACACAGAUCUCUUCCCCCGGCCACGUUCUCCCAGCCCUGAAGAUGAGUCCAGCAGCUCUAGCAGCUCCAGCAGCUCCGAGGACGAGGAGGAGCUGAAUGAACGCCGAGCAUCCACGCGACAGCGGAAUGCCAUGCGGCGCCGACAGAAGAUGCCCCGAGAAGAGAGGCCCAGCGCCCCACCCAAGCCCACCAACACCUACAUUGGAGAAGACAACUAUGAUUAUCCCCAGAUCAAAGUAGAUGACCUCUCCUCCUCUCCCACCUCCUCCCCUGAGCGGAGCACUUCUGCUCUGGAGAUACAGCCAAGCCGGGCAUCACCAACUUCCGACAUAGAGUCAGUUGAGCGAAAGAUUUACAAAGCUUAUAAGUGGCUCCGCUACUCCUACAUCUCCUACUCAAAUAACAAAGAUGGAGAGAGCUCCCUGGUGUCUGGGGAGGCAGAUGAAGGGAGAGCAGGAACCAGCCACAAAGACAACCCAGCCCCUUCUUCCAGUAAGGAAGCCUGUCUAAGCACCUCCAUGGCCCAGAGGAAUCAGGAUGUGCCUCCCGAAGGCCGCAGUAAGGAUGCUUUGAAAGAAGGGACUUCUUCCAGAAAUCCCAGCAGUGGCCCAGGCCAUGAGCACAGCAGCCACUCUCGGGCAGAGGCACCAGAGGACACCUCUCAGGACACUAACAAUGGUGGCUCUGUAGAAUAUUCCUUUGAAACCAAGAAGCUCAAUGGAAAGGCCCUGAGCAAGGGCCUGAGCAGCCGGGCUGAGGAGCCGCCCUCUCCUCCUGUCCCCAAGGCAUCUGGCUCCACUCUCAGUAGCGAGUUUGGCAACUGUCCCAGGACCCAGUCUGAUGACAGUGAAGAGAGGAGCCUUGAAACCAUCUGUGCCAACCACAACAAUGGACGCUUACACCCCCGCCUCCCUCACCCCCACAACAAUGGACAAAACUUUGGGGAGCUGGAGGCAGUGGCCUGCUCUUCCCCAGGACAUUCGGACACUGACCAUAGCUUGUCCCUGACAGGGACACUACUACACAAAGAUUGUUGUGGGUCUGAAAUGGCCUGUGAGACCCCCAAUGCUGGAACGAGAGAGGACCCCACUGACACCCCAGGCACAGACAACAGCAGGGCUGUUCACAGCCAUAGUGGCCUCAAAAGGCACCGAGUCGAAUUGGAAGAUACAGAUUCAGAGAAUUCCUCCUCAGAGAAGAAAUUAAAAACAUGAUAAAUGCAAAGGGAAAACAAAAAGCUACAAAAAGGAGCUUUACAAAAAAAAAAAAAAUUUUAAUCCUGUUUAGUGAACAAAGAGGAAAGGAAAAAAAAGUAUUAAAGGCACAUACAACUGGGGCCUAAAUAUUGUGUCUGCUGCUGCUCCCUUCUAUUCAACAAUGGGUCUGAUGUGUAGCUGGCCAUUGGCUUGUGCUGUGUUAAGAAAGGGAAAAAAUCCAAGUGACUCCUUUCUAGUAAAGUUUGGGCAUAGUGUACCUGUGCGGAUUCUGUUCAAGUAAAUCCUUGUUGAGAUGUUUUACUUGUUCUUGUGUGUGUGCGCUGGCACGCGUGAGCUCAUUGUCUCAGACUUUUCUUUCAGUUCUCCAUCAGAAAAGAUCUUCUGGAUCUGUACUUUUUGCCAUAUCACCUUGUUUACAUGCCGUUGGUGUUCUGGUCUUAAUGAUGAGUGCCUGCUAAAUCGGGUUGUGCUGCCAGUGAGUAGUGGAUUUAUGCUGAAAAACUGGAGGGGAAAAUGGAAAUAGGCCUUCAGCCCACUGGCAGUGCUGGAAAGGAAAGCAUGGUUCCUUUCUUAAAGAAACCUUCCGUGUUUUCUCAGUAGCACUUCUGCAUUGAGCAUUUAAUAUAGACAUUCUAAAAGCGGAGCGUUUUUAAUGCUAGUGAGAGGGUAGCACUUAAGGUCAGAUUCAAGAGAACAUAGAUCCCUGAUAAAUUUCACUGGUUGCAAAUUGAACAGUGCUGCAACACAUACUGUACGGAGGCCAUAAAAUAUAACUAGUUGUGGGUAACACUUUAACCAGUUAGGUGCUUAGUUCCUAGGAGGAACUCAGAAGGCCUGCAGGCGCUUCCUUGGCCCCAUGUGAUGGCGUCUAGGCGUA